AUGUAUGGACUUGAUAAGAAAUCUUCAUCAAUCCAUCGUUGCUGUGGUUUUUCUUUUCACCAUUGUGCUUGUGGCCCAUCCUUGUUGAUUUAUUCUUUCUUUCUUUCUUUCUUUCUUUCUUUCUUCAACCAUAUCUCUGCCCUAUUGAUUCUUUCUUUCUUUCUUUCUUUCUUUCUUUCUUUCUUUCUUUCUUUCUUUCUUUCUUUCUUUCUUCUACCAUAUUUCUAUUCUUUCUUUCUUUCUUUCUUUCUUUCUUUCUUUCUUUCUUUCUUUCUUUCUCCAACCAUAUCUCUGGUGAUUCAUUCUAAAUUUUUUGUUUGUUUCUUCUUUCUUUCUUUUACACGCACUCAUACCAUAGCCCUAUUGAUUCUUUCUUUCUUUCUUUCUUUCUUUCUUUCUUUCUUUCUUUCUUUCUUUCUUUCUUUCUUCUCAAUCUCUGUUGAUUCUUUCUUUCUUUCUUUCUUUCUUUCUUUCUUUCUUUCUUUCUUUCUUUCUUCUACCAUAUUUCUAUUCUUUCUUUCUUUCUUUCUUUUCUUUCUUUCUUUCUUUUUCUUUCUUUCUUUCUCCGACCAUAUCUCUGGUGAUUCAUUUCUAAAUUUUUUUGUUUGUUUCUUCUUUCUUUCUUUUACACGCACUCAUACCAUAGCCCUAUUGAUUCUUUCUUUCUUUCUUUCUUUCUUUCUUUCUUUCUUUCUUUCUUCAACCAUAUCUCUGGUGAUUCAUUCUAAAUUUUUUGUUUGUUUGUUUGUUUGUUUCUGUCUUUCUUUCUUUUACACGCUCUCAUACCAUAGCCCUAUUGAUUCUUUCUUUCUUUCUUUCUUUCUUUCUUUCUUUCUUCUACCAUAUUUCUAUUCUUUUCUUUCUUUCUUUCUUUCUUUCUUUCUUUCUUUCUUUCUUUCUUUCUCCAACCAUAUCUCUGCCCUAUUGAUUCUUUCUUUCUUUCUUUCUUUCUUUCUUUCUUUCUUUCUUUCUUUCUUUUCAUUCUUUCUUUCUUUCUUUCUUUCUUCUACUCUAUCUCUGUUGAUUCUUUCUUUUUUCUUUCUUUCUUUCUUUCUUUCUUCUACCAUAUUUCUGUUGAUUCUUUCUUUUUUCAUUCUUUCUUUCUUUCUUUCUUUCUUUCUUUCUUUCUUUCUUUCUUUCUUUCUUUCUUUCUUUCUCCGACCAUAUCUCUGCCCUAUUGAUUCUUUCUUUCUUUCUUUCUUUCUUUCUUUCUUUCUUUCUUUCUUUCUUCUACUAUCUCUGUUCUUUCUUUCUUUUUUCUUUACAGUUCUUUCUUUCUUUCUUCUACCAUAUUUCUAUUCUUUCUUUCUUUCUUUCUUUCUUUUCUUCUUUCUUUCUUUUUUCUUUCUUUCUUUUCUUUCUCCAACCAUAUCUCUGGUGAUUCAUUCUAAAUUUUUUGUUUGUUUCUUCUUUCUUUCUUUUACACGCUCUCAUACCAUAGCCCUAUUGAUUCUUUCGUUCUUUCUUUCUUUCUUUCUUUUUUUCUUUCUUUCUUUCUUCUACCAUAUUUCUGUUGAUUCUUUCUUUUUUCGUACUCUUACACAUUCUCCUACCAGACGUCUAUUGAUUCAUUUCAGAUUCUUUCUUUCUUUCUUUCUUUCUUUCUUUCUUUCUUUCUUUCUUUCUUUCUUUCCCUACCAUUUCUUUCUUCCUUUUCCCCUACCAUAUCUUGAUCUUUCUUUUUUUUCUUUCUGUUUCUUUUCCAAAUCUAUGUAA